CGUGAUUCCGAUCUAGUUCUGCCCUGCUGACCACCGCGUAGAUUUUCUACUCCGUACAUAUCAAUCAACCCCCUACAGAAGCGUGAUCAAACUUUCCUGGCAGAUCAACCUACGAGUUAGCGAGCUGAUUUCACGUAGACUUUAGCAAAUGGCCCAUCACAUCUCAUGCUUGUGUAAAGGGGUCAGGCAGGAGGUCGUGUUGGGACCGUUGGCAGGCCAGUCAAUGCUCGAUCUCUGUCACUGCACUGCUUGCCGCGCCGUCACCGGCCAGCUGUGCUCCUCAUACCAUUCCCUGCACAAGCGGCCCCAGGAACUGGAUUCACUCGUCGAGUACCAUGAAUCUCCCUGCAUAAGCCGCUACUUUUGCAAUACCUGUGGUGCCCAUGUCUUCGCUCGUCAAAAACAAACGGGGCAGUAUUUUGUCGCUGCGGGACUGUUGGAGGAGAAUCCACAUCCGUUCAAAUCGACACGACAUUGGCGGGCGGAAGACACUCGGGACGGUGGCCUGACUUCUUUUCUUCCCACCAAAUCAGGAGACGCCAGUCCUGGCUGCUAUCUGCACGUCAAUCCAGACUGUCAACAAAGCUCGUCGGGAGGGAGAGAGGCCGAGGAAUGGACUGGGGAUGACCACCGGCUGCCGGCUCGCUGUCACUGUGGGGGGAUCGGUUUCUACGUCACAUCGCCAGAUCUCAGCUCGAAGGACGCAUCGUCCCCCUGGCCGGACCUGUUGGUCCCCUACUACUCAGGCUCAUCCGAAAACACGGCGGAUGUGAAAUGGUGGUUGCGAGAGGAGGGUAGUAAGUAUCUCGCCGGAACCUGUGCCUGUCGAUCGUGUCGUCUGGCGAGCGGAUUCCCCAUCCAGACAUGGGCUUUCAUCCCCAAAUCAAACCUCCAAAACGCGGAUGGAACCCCGUUGUCCUUUGGUUCCAGUACCAUGCAACAAUAUGAAAGCUCGCCGGGGGUUUACCGAGAGUUUUGUGGCCGCUGCGGCGCAACUGUUUUCUGGCACUGCGAAAUCAGGCCUUUACUCAUCGAUGUGAGUGUCGGCCUGUUGCGAGCCAAAAGCGGUGCUCGGGCUGAAGAUUGGCUUGAAUGGCAUCCUGGCCGAGUCAGCUUCUCGGAAAUGGCCGUGGACCCGAUGCUUAUCCGCCAGCUGGAGGCGGGAUUAAAGGUCUGGGGAGAGAGUAGAGGCCGGGAAAACCAGUUGUCUGGGGAAUAGUUGUUAUGCAACAGGUCAAAUAGCCAAAUCUUGAGUGCGUUGAUAAUAUCAUGUUGGUAUCUUGUUGCCCCGAAGGCAGAGCAUGUAACCCGAAAAAAAAUGACGGAAAUGUAUGGGCACUGAUACUCUCAAGCCCGUACCUGAGGAAUUAACAGGGUGAGGGGAUCUAUAGGAUUCAUAUAUGCAGUAGGGGAAAUCUUGAUCUAACCCGAGUCUUCUCGAGUUUGAGACAAAA